AUGAGCGGGUUUAACUUUGGAGGCACAGGGGCGGCCCCGACAGGCGGGUUCACGUUUGGCCCUGCGAAGACGGCCACCACCACCCCUGCUACUGGGUUUUCUUUCCCCACCCCUGCCACCGGUGGGUUUAAUUUUGGGGCACCCACCCAACCAGCUACAAACACCCCCUCGACCAGCCUGUUCUCACUCACCACUCAGACGCCAGCAACUCAGGCCCCAGGGUUCAGUUUUGGGGCAGCAACUCCUGCUUCCGGAGGCACGGGGAUUUCCUUAGGCAUAAAUGCCCCAAAGUUAAACUUGGGCAACUCUGCAGCUCCCCAGGCCACAGUGAAUCCCAGUGCCUUUGGGCUGGGCAGCACCCUCACCAAUGCUAUGGCCAGCGCCGUCACCUCAGGCCAGGCGGCACCUGGAGGCUUUGUGUUCGGCUCGACCACAUCCACCCCUGCGCCCACCACCACCACCACUUCCUCUGGAGGAGGAGGAGGGUUCUCCCUCACUGGUGGGAGCUCAGUGCAGGCCCCAACCUCCGGCUUCAGCAUGACCUCCAUGGGGAGUUCUGCGCAGCCUGCAGCCCUAGCUGGGUUACCCUUCAUGCCAGCCACACCAGCAGCCAGCGCAGCCGGGGCCACGCAGCCAGCUGUUCCCGUGCCCACCACCACCGCCACUAGCGCAGGACCCACGCUCUUCACCUCCAUCACCACUACACCGGCCUCGUCUGCUGGCCCCAGCCUCUCUCUCUGCCCACCUGCAACCUCAGCCGCUGCCUCUGGAGCUGGGGGGCUGGGUUUCAGCUUAAAGGCCCCCGGAGCCGCUUCCAGUGCAUCUGCUGUGACCACUACGGCCACCACCAGCACCGCCGCCACCACCUUCACCUUGAAUCUGAAACCGCUGGCCCCAACAGGGCUGGCCAGCAGCGUGUCCACCACAGGGACCACUCCAGCAGGCUCCAGUGCAGCCUUGGGGGCGCCCACUAGCCCCACACUGACUUACGCCCAGCUGGAGAGCCUGAUCAACAAGUGGAGCCUGGAGCUGGAGGACCAAGAGCGUCACUUCCUGCAGCAGGCCACACAGGUCAACGCCUGGGACCGCACGCUGAUCGAGAACGGUGAGAAGAUCACCUCCCUGCACCGCGAGGUGGAGAAGGUGAAGCUGGACCAGAAGCGGCUGGACCAGGAGCUCGACUUCAUCCUGUCGCAGCAGAAGGAACUGGAGGACCUGCUGAGUCCGCUGGAGGAGGCGGCCAAGGAGCAGAGCGGCACCAUCUACCUGCAGCACGCCGAUGAGGAGCGUGAGAAAACCUACAAACUGGCCGAGAACAUCGAUGCGCAGCUCAAGCGCAUGGCGCAGGACCUCAAAGACAUCAUCGAACACCUGAACACGGCCGGGGGCCCUGCCGACACUAGUGACCCACUGCAGCAGAUCUGCAAGAUCCUCAACGCCCACAUGGACUCACUGCAGUGGGUAGACCAGAACUCAGCCCUGCUGCAGCGGCGGGUGGAAGAGGCUAGCAAGGUGUGCGAGGGCCGCCGCAAGGAGCAGGAGCGCAGCUUCCGCAUCGCCUUUGACUAA